AUGGACAGAGAAAAUAAUUUUGAACUGGGCCCGCUGGAAACAAAAAGAAGUGUCGCUGUUGACGAAGAGCCGAGCUUGGUUCUCGACGCCUCCCUGAGGAAUGGAGCCCCGGUAUACGGACAUUCUACAGGGUCGAGUGGGAGACGGCAGCUUGAUCGAAAAUUCGAUUCCCUCUCCAUCCUCGCUCUAUCGGUGACACUGCUUUCGUCAUGGGAAGGAAUGGCAAACACUAUUUCGUCAGCGCUGUUGAAUGGCGGUCCCUCGUCUUUGGUCUGGGGCGGUCUGCUCUCGCUGACCGGCACAAUGGCUCUGGCCUCCUCGCUGGCUGAGAUGGCGUCUAUUUGCCCUAUUGCCGGCGCACAGUAUCACUGGACUGCACUAUUCGCACCUCCGAGCAUCCGACCAUUCGUCACCUGGAUGCAGGGAUGGGUCACGGUCUUUGCAUGGCAGGCUGCAACAACGAGCAUAUUCUUUCUCGUGUCAAAACAGAUCCAGGGCUUGAUUGUGCUCAACUACCCAACGUAUGGCGAUUCGCGCUGGCAGGGCACCUUGAUAAUGUGGGCUGCCACCGCUUUCUCCUUUGCAUUCAAUGUCUGGGGCAUCCGCAUCCUGCCACUCAUUCAACUCUUUGGUGGCAUCUUUCAUGUCGUUUUAUUCAUUGCGCUGUCGGUGCCUUUGAUUUUGCUCGCUCCGAGAAGCACGCCGGAUUUUGUCUUUGCGACGGUAUUGAACGAGGGUGGCUGGAACAGCAAUGGCGUGUCUUGGUGUCUCGGCCUCCUUACAGUGACAUACUGUUUUAUUGGCUUCGAUGGCGCCGUUCAUAUGAGCGAAGAAGUCCGCAACCCUGCGAGGGUCGUACCACAAAUCAUAGUUCAAUCCAUUAUCAUCAAUGGAACGAUGGCCUUUAGCUUCUUGCUCAUCCUACUUUUUUUCUUGAGCAACGUAGAAGCCGUCCUGAACACGCCGACAGGAUUCCCCAGCAUUCAGAUCUUCUACGAAGCAACGAAAUCGGUCAAAGCCGCGACCGCCAUGCAAUGUGCGAUCCUGGUAGUUGGGCUAAUGUCAAGUAUUGGUGUUGUGGCCUCUGUCUCUCGACUGACGUGGGCUUUUGCUCGCGAUGGCGGCUUGCCCUUUUCCAAAUUUUUUGCUCAUAUUGACCGCCGAUUCCAUGUCCCAUUUCGUUCUGUCGGACUCGUUUGUUUUGUUGUCCUUCUCCUAUCAUUGAUCAACAUCGGCUCCUCGACUGCGCUUAAUGCCAUUCUGGCCCUCAGCACAUGCUCGCUUUACAUAUCAUACCUAAUUCCGAUUUUCCUUCUCGUUAUUCAACGCCUCAACAAGACCAGCCCUCCUAUCCGCUGGGGUCCGUGGACAAUGGGGCCCCGAUUGGGGUUGGUGGUGAAUAUCUACGCCAUCGUGUUUGGUGUUUUCAUUGUCGUCUUCAGUCUGUUUCCCACUGAGCUCCCAGUCACAGCGGGGAAUAUGAAUUAUGCUGGCCCGGUGUUUGGGCUCGUGGCUAGUUUAUUGGUUGUUGAUUGGGUUGUGAGAGGGCGACAUCGAUUCCAGGGCCCGUUGAAGGACCACAUGCAACGAGCAGCGGAUGCAUAG